CGGCACAACUCAUUUCGGCACGUUAAGCUCAAAAUUCGAAAGGAAAAUCCGAAAUAAAAUCAAAUAAUAAACAAAAUCGGAAUUGUCCGAUCCACUCGACAAUAGCCGCCGCCAUAGUUGAACGAUGAAUCUAUUGCGCAGCUUGCGUGCAGCCCUCAAUGAGUUCUUCUAUCACAAUUAUCCUUUCAUAUCCCUAUGCAGCUGCUUGGUGGCCCUGUUGACAGCCUAUCUGCACUACGAGUGGAAGGUGCACAAUUAUGAUCUGGUGUCCUGGAAGCAGCUGGGCGAGGCCUGCUGCUCCACGGACGUGGACGUCUUUCAGCUGAUCGUCCUGCUGACCAUUCUGCUCAUCAACAUCAUCUUUGUGGGGCUCAUCGUUGCCGCGUAUAUGCGGCCGCUGGGCCAACGCGAUACGGAGCUGACGCUGCUCGAGAUCAAGGAUCGCUUCGCCCGGUUCAUACUGUUGCGGCUGAUAGCGCGCCUCGAUCGCAUCCAGAGCAAGCUGGCGGCCAAGCGCAAGACACUCAGCCUGCAGCACUUCACCCGGGCCCAUCACAGCAUGGUCAAGGCGGUGGCUGUGUUCCGCAAGGAUGCGCGUAAGCUGCUGCUGCCCAACGAGUCCGAGAUCAUGCAGCCCAUCGAGGAUAUCUAUGGCGUUGCCGACGAUGAGGAGCGAGCACUGCGGCGCGACGGCUACUACAAGCUGCCGAUCGAUACGACCGAUGCGACGGUCAAGAGCUUGUUUAGUGCGCAGUGAAUGCACACGAGAAUAUCAAUUGCGAUAACGAUAACGAUAACGAUAACGAUAACAAUAGCAAUAGUGAUACUGAUACCGUUUACGAUGCCGAUAACGAUUUUUACGUCAUUGGCAAAUCCGAUUUUGUUUAACUAAUUCCCCAAUAAAGCUAAAACCUUUAC